AUGGCGGAUGAUCAGCAGCAUGAACAAUUUCAACUCAUAGCUCCACAAUUCGAGAGGUACGCCAAGUUGAGAGGCACGCCUGGAGAGAUGCUUUUCAACUGGAUGGGGGAAGAAAUCGAGCAGCUCGUUGCUAUACCCAUUCAACGGCAAAGCGUCUCGCCGAGACUUGACAUGGCUAUAUCUCUAGGCUCAGCGUCGCAGCCCCAGAACGAAUGCCAGGCUGCCGAAGCAACCGCUGGAGGCUCGCUCCAGGAGACGCAGGAAAAGAGCCAUCUAAAGCGCAAAGCCAACAGCGAAGAGCGUCCCGACUCCUCUGGGCACCAGCAGCGGGCAAAAACAAAGCCCAGCGACGCCAAUACCAAUCCAGCCACGUUUUCCAACCUCCCCACGGAAUUGCUUCGACUGAUUUUUGAUCAUAUCUUUCCCAUGAAGGACGUUGUUAGCCUCGCUCUGGCGAGCCGACGUCUCUGGGCCGUUGGAAGGGUUGACCUCCACGAGCAUUACGCUUCAUAUUUUGGGAAUUGGGCUGGCCAGAAGAUGCUCUUCGUAGGAGAUGACGUUGAACCGAAAGACUAUCCUCCAGGAUUGUUCUCUGCAGAAGAGUUGGCCGAACUACCAGAAGUGGUCGACAUACCUUACAACUAG